GUGCCCAGUUCAGUUGUAGACAAGGUGCUCUUUUAUGGAUCUUUCACAGAGUCAGUGCUAAUCUUUUCACUGGUUUCGUGGUACAGAAAUUUGAAUGUGCAAAACAAAAGUAGACUGUGAUAUCGCCAUUGCUUGACGAGGCGAGCAGGCUAGACAACCAAGAAGUGUCCGACUUUUUGACUCCUCCCCCGAUGGCAAUCGGUUACUCUCGCCUGUUUUCGAGCCAAGUCGAAAGUCUACAGCGAGGCGAUGUCGCCGUGGCAUUACGUCAUCAACGCGACGAGAAAGCAGUGGGAAGCCUCCGGUAAACUGCACGUGUGAAAUUGUACGAGAGCUCUUGGAGUUGUACCCACACAAAAUAGGCAAAAAAUGACCGAAAACCAAGACUCAAGAAAGCGGAGCAAACGGCAUUACGGCAACUAUGGAAACAAAAAGUAUAAAGGUUCACGCGAGCUCGAAGUUGGAAUGCAGGGAAUUCUCAUGACUUGUAAUAUGAAUGAGAGGAAGUGUACUUCAGAAGCUUACAGCCUCUUGAACGAGUAUGCGGACGAGUUAUACGGACCAGAGAAGUUUUCUGAUGUUGACGACGGUGACAGCGAUGCAAACGAUUCUGCAGAUGAGGAUGACGCAGAGGCUGCCUUAAAGAAGGAAGUUAAACAGAUACGUUCUUCUACACAAAAGAUGGAGAGGCGCUUCCAGGCUCUUGACAGUGGAGCUAAUAAUGUCAUCUUCAUUAGAACACAGCAUUUAGAUCCUGAAAAGCUUGUCCAUCACAUUUUGCAAGACCUGCACACAACGAAAAAGAAGAAAUCUCGGGUCAUCCUCAGGAUGUUGCCAGUGAGCGGGACCUGUAAGGCCUUCAUUGAGGACAUGGAGAAGUACAUGGAAAACUUCUUGGAGCCAUGGUUCAAGACCCCUAACCAAGGAACCUUUCAAAUUGUAUUCAAGGCCCGCAACAGUAGUCAUAAUAAGAGGGAUGAAGUCAUUAAGGCUUUGGCGGAAUUGGUGGGGAAGAUGAAUCCCGAAAAUAAAGUGGAUCUCACCAACCCGGAGUACACAAUCAUCAUCGAGGUGAUUAAAAACGUGUGCUGUGUGAGCGUAGUACGGGACUAUAUGCUGUUCAGGAAGUUCAAUGUGCAGGAAGUGCUGAAGCUGGAUAAAGUGCAAAAUCAACCUCAGAGGACUGAAGGAUCACCCAGGGAGACCGAGGACGUGAAGCAGGAUGGAGGAGACGGAGACUCCAAAACUGUUCCUGGCCAGGAGCAGCAGGAGGAGCAGGCUCUACCAGAAAAAAAGGCAGAGGAAGACCACUCACCUGGCAAGAAGUAGUGGAGGACAUUGCGCCUAAUAAUGGAUAUCGUUGUGCUAAGUGUGUUAUGUAAAUAGAGGGCAUAACUGGAACCUGUUCAUGGUUUAAUACAUGUGUGUAAAUGGUCAAAAAGUUGGAUUCCAGUAGUGUGUAUUCCCUUCCUGAUUGUGAUCUUCACCUUGUAAUAUUUAACCAGAAUUUAGCACCUCAAGCUCUUGGACAAUUUUUCCAAAAGUGAAUUCAAAAGGAGGAAAUUUUUGUUGUUAAAUGGCUCCCAGGAACUACUUUGUCAGUGUCUACAUUUUAUACCCAGCAUGUUGAAUGUUGGAAUAUGUGAUUUUAUUUGUCAGAAAUGUGAUUUAAAUAAUGUGUUAUCAGUGGUGCAGUUUUAUUUUACUCAGUUGAGUUUACUUAUCAAAUUGAAAAAAGAACUUUGAAUUUUACUUGAGUUUAGCAUUAUCCAAGUAAGAAAAGGUAAGCUUAUCCUGUCUUCCUCCAUACAUCAGCGAUAGGUGUUGGAUUCCCUUUCUCCUGCCAUCUUUACAAUUCGAUUUUUACUGAAGCAGAUUGAUUACAUUGUUCUUAAUGACAAAAUAGAUUUUGUUUUCUAAUCAGGGAAACACAUAUUUUAUCCCAGAUUGUCUUUUUACAUGUCUUUUUCUUAUCUAUUCCUUUUAAUAAGUAUCUCGGAUUUCCUGUACCUUGAUAGCACUAUACUGAAAUAAAAUUGAUUUGAUUUCCAAACGUA